AUGUCAUCGACGAUGAACGAGAAUGAUGCUGUCGGAGACUUCAUACGCUCAGCGGAAGCCCUUUCUACAUCGGUCGAAAACCUCAGCGAGGAUGACAGAUCGCGAGUUCUUCUAAAGCUUUCUGAGCUCACGAUGAAUGUCGAAUCUCCUUGGGAGACGUUUGUGAGACUCUUCUUGAGCGAAGUAAGUCCGGCUGUCCUAGCAUCUGUCAAGAUUCUGCAGGAUCUCAACAUCUUUAAGAAAUGGAAGGGUAAUGAAAGCAGACCCAUGACUUGCGCUCAGCUAACGGGCCUCGCGGAGGGGUCCUGCGAUGCCGCUUUACUUUAUAGACUCCUCCGCCUACUGGUCUCGAAUAACAUCGUAGAGAUGACUUCAGAGAAGACCUACAAGCCCACGAAAUUUUGCGACCAGCUUGCGGACUCGGCCUUUAGCACCACCGCUACAUUCUACUACGACCACACAGUCCCAAUGUUCACCCACAUGCCCACCUUCUUCCGCGAAACAUCGUACGAAAACCCCCACAGCGCCCGCAAAACAGUCUUUGACUCGGCCCACGGCUGGCAAGGCGGCCUCUUCGCCUAUCUCGAAGCCCACCCGGCGGAAGGCGAGGCCUUCAACACACUCCAGCGGACGACGACACUCAACAGGGCCAGUUGGACGUCCAUCUUCCCCAGCCACACCCUCUUGGACAGCGGCUCCGGCGACGACGACCCGGACUCGCCGCUGCUGGUGGAUAUCGGCGGGAGCGUAGGACAGGAUCUGCAGGCGUUUUAUGAACUGCACCCGGAGACGGCGUCGAGGUUGUAUUUGGAAGAUUUGCCGUCUGUUCUGGCGGAUGAGAAGACAAAUGUGUUGAAGGAAAUCAACAAGGUGGCGUAUGACUUUUAUACGCCUCAGCCGAUCAAGCACGCCCGCGCAUACUACAUGCACCACAUCCUCCACGACUGGCCCGACAAACAAGCCCGCAGAAUCCUCGAGAUGCAAAAGGCCGCCCUGAAGCCCGGGGGCAACAGCAGGAUCCUGAUCCAUGACCAAAUCAUGGACGACGACGUCCGGGUCGUCCAUCCGCACGCCGCCGUCUUCGACAUCAGCAUGAUGGCGUUUGGCGCCGCGCAAGAGCGCACGGAGAAGGAGUGGAGGGCGCUGAUUGAGUCGGCCGGGCUGAGGGUCGUCAAGAUUUGGAGGGUGCCGGGUGCGGUGCAGGGGGUUAUUGAGGUUGGGUUGCGGGAGGGGGCGAAGCUUUGA